AUGGCCACCACUGGAAGCUGGAGUGAAUUCAUACAUUCACUGUAUGAAUGCAGUGACUGUGGGGAGACCUUCAUUCACAGUAAAAGUCUUGUCCAACAUCAGGUGCUUCACACUGGGGAGAAACCCUACAAGUGUAAGGAGUGUGGGAAAGCUUUCUGUUCUAAUAGAAAUCUUAUUGACCAUCAGAGAAUUCACACCGGGGAGAAGCCUUAUGAGUGUUUUGAAUGUGGCAAGGCCUUCAGUCGUAACAAAUGUCUUACUCGACAUCAAAGCCUCCACACUGGGGAAAAGCCUUACAAAUGUAGGGAGUGUGGGAAAGCCUUCAAUCAGAACUCUCAGCUUGCCGACCAUGAGCGAAUUCAUACUGGAGAAAAACCUUUUGAAUGCAAUGAGUGUGGUAAGGCAUUCAGCCUGAGUAAAUGUCUUAUUCGACACCAGAGACUUCACACAGGUGAAAAGCCCUAUAAAUGCAAUGAGUGUGGAAAAUCCUUCAAUCAAAACUCACACCUCAUCAUACACCAGAGAAUUCACACUGGCGAGAAACCUUAUGAAUGUACUGAGUGUGGGAAGGUCUUCAGUUACAGCUCCAGUCUGAUGGUACAUCAGAGAACUCAUACUGGGGAGAAACCCUAUAAAUGCCAUGAUUGUGGGAAAGCCUUUAGUGACAGCUCACAACUGAUUGUGCACCAGAGAGUUCACACUGGUGAGAAACCCUAUGAAUGCGGUGAGUGUGGGAAAGCCUUCAGUCAGCGUUCCACUUUUAACCACCACCAGCGAACUCACACUGGAGAGAAGCACUCAGGUCUGGCUCAGUCAGCUUCCUGAGUUGAGAGCAAGGCACUUGGAAUUAAGCUUUCUUUGUAAGAAGGGUGUUUACUCUGUUCCCCUCCAGGAGCCACUAGUGAAAGUGGGCCGUCCUCUGAGUGCUGUGUGCUGGGUCAUGAGGGUGGGGGAGUGGGGAACAGUGCAUCCCCUGCCCACCAUUGUGG